AUGAAUGAGCUGCUCUCUGCUUCGGUCUCCCGGGAUGGUAUAAAGCGGGCGCUGGCCUCUUGGGGUGAUGGCCUUCUUCGUGCACGGAGUGCCGAGGGAAAGAAGGCCUUGCAGGAACUGGCGCAGAGGAGGCCAGGGGCUUUCUGCCAUGUGCUCGACCUGGUGCGGGCUGGCGAGGCCCCGAAGACAUUGCCGCUAAGGAAGAAACAUGUCCACACAGCGAUCCUUGCCUUCGGGAAGGAGCAGCUAUGGCAGCAAGCCCUGCGCCUCUUCUCGGCGAUGCCCGAGGCGAAGCUGAGGCCCGGCGUCAUCAGCUUCAACUCCACCGUUAGCGCUUUGGAGAAG